AAGUGUUUACUCAUACUUAACUAAUGAUUCAUAGCGUGUAGUUAUUAUAGUGUUACCAGAAGGGCCUUUAGUUUUGGGGAUGAUAUACCUCGGAGAAAACUUCUUAUCUGAGUUCAAUAGGCAGUUUGUCGAAGCCAGCCUUAGGAGGAUUGAGCCAGUGAUACAACAGCUAUUGAAAAACAGUUUAAUCAAAAUUCAUGAGAAGAGAAGGUCCAAUGUAAUUUAUAAAGUCUUGGACAAUGUGCCUGCUGUGUACAAACAUUCAUUCAUGUGUUUGCAGCUUGGAGAGUGGGUGGAGUAUGGGAUUAGGUCGCCAACCCAUCUAGAGGACAUUCUAUGUUGCCUCCCACCCUCAACAUGAACAUAUACAUGCAUGCUCAACUUGCAUCUAGUUCACACACACCAGGACAGUGAUUUCUUUUCUUUUCUUUUUUUUUGCCAUUUUCCCCUUUUUUGAACAGUUUGACAAUGAAGAGGCAGGCUGGAAAUAUGUAAGAAGGGGUAUGACAUGUCGGGCUGAUUAAAAGCACAGCAAUAAAUAAAACAGAUAAGGCAAGCACGACACACUGGGAGUUCUCAUUCCCCAAAAUAUGAAGGAAAUCUGGGUGAUUUUAAAAUAACCUUAUUUUCUCAUUCAGAUCUGCCGAGCCUGAUUUCAGAGAACUGCACUCAUUUUCAGCUGUUGAUGUAAUCUCACAAUCUAGCCUCUGAAAUAAAAUUUACUUAUCAUUGUUUAUUUUUAAUGUUAUCUCUUACAGAAUACACACAAUAAAUACAACUAAAGAAUAGCAGUAACAAAUCAACUCACACUGACUUUUAUCUGUAAGAGGCAACAAGGCAGUGACAAGCAAGAACACAUCAACGGUUAGUCAAGUGUGUUCACAUUUACCUAAAGCAAAACAAACAAACAAAACCCUCUGUCAGGCCAUUGUAGAUGCCCAGAGCUCAUUGAAUUGUGCAAAUAUGUUAAAUAUAGUUGAAUCAGCAUUUGCAAAGACUGACAAUGGUGACUGUCAAUGAAAUCAUCAACUGAAUGUAUUUAUUUAUCGUCUCAGUAAAUACAGCACGUCACUAUCAAAAGAAGACAUAGCUCACAGUGUCCAGUGCUAAGACUUGAGUCAGUGGACAAAAAGCUUGAAAUUAGACAGGUGACAGGGCCAGUUUUUAGUCUAGCACAAAGAAAUGCUGAAGCUACCUUUUUACUAUUUAAUUUCCAUGCUGCAGCACACAGGCUGCUGUUUUGCAUACAGUUAGAGUGCAGCUCCGGAGGGCAACAACACACAGUACAGACAACAGUCUUAGCAGGCCUUUUAGGAAAUGGUAACACUACAUACCAUAUAUCACACAGUAUUAAGAGAUUUAUUAUCAAAAGGCACAUUUAAUUACCUCAUCUAAAGACAUACACAAAUUCAUUUUGUAAAUAUUAUGAACUGUUAAUGAUAAUGUGAUGUCGGAAGACCCAUAUACAGUGAGCUACAAAAAGAGACUUCCCCAGUGAGCUUUGAACAGCACUUUAAAGGAGCAACUGGGUUUAUUUUUUAUAUUAUUUACUGUCCAUAUUGUACUGAAUGGCACAGCUGAAAUAUGGGACAUACAUUGGCUAAAUACAGCAGUAAGGCAGGACAGAAGUGUGUUUAUCCUACCGUACAGUUUGUACAUGAUCCUCCUGAUGUUCUUGGAGUGACCUCUAUUACUAUUUGCAUGAUGGGGUUUAGUCUCGAGUUGCAUUUGUAUUUGCCAUGCAGAGUCCAGUAAAAUAAGAUGCGUGCAGUUCAUUAUCUUCCGAAGCAUGCACUGACUGUGCAGACAAUUAGACAUGGUUGUGGAGUUUUCUUUCAAAAUGUGUUGUUCAUUGGCAGAACUUUUCAAUGGAAAUAAAAGUAAUACAUCCAUCAAUCCCUCCGUUUUCUAUACCACCCUUUUCAGUUCCGCCUAUCCCAGCAUGCACUGGGCCAGUGGCAAGGAACAACACAUCAAGAUGGAAAGUACCCUCAUGUAUUUGCAAUCAUGUAAAGAACACUGUCAACUGACAGCAAGUACUUAAAUAUGUGUGUGAAUGGCCUUUGUGCGGUUUUUUAAAGCUUUGUAAUCCCACCAAACAAUUGCAACAGAAAGAGGCUAAAAAGAGAAAGGGCUGAUUUACCUAGCAGUUAAGGCUGUGGCUCCUCUGUACUUGCUCCUGUUACUCAAACCGUGCCCUUUGUCCAGGGCCAGGGCUUGGUCCGGGGCUAAAAUUUGCAUGCCAAGGGCCACUUGAAUACGAAGCUCUCCGGAUUCUCACUACCUGAAAUGCAAAACCAGUGGGGACCAGUUAAAAUGACGCAUGCGCACAAUCAACACAGGUGUACAUAAGUCAAAAUACUGAGCCUCUCACCCCCCCCCUUCUCUAGAGAUCCAAACCUUCCAACUCUUCCCAGAGAGUGUUAUGGAAAUUAGCACUGUGAUUUUGCUGACAUACUGUAGGUGCAGGUUGUUGACUGAUGAGGCUUGGAUGUAAGGAUUGGAGGUAAGGUGAUAUCUAGAUUGGUCCACACAACUAAAAGUGGUGGGGCUGCAAGGAUCAGAGGUUGAGUGUGAGAUAUAAGAUCAACAGAAGUAGAAGAAAAAGAGAACUAAGACGGAUAGAAUUCAAAGGAUGCCGAGGUCUUUCCUUGUGAAAAAGAAACGUGGGGCAUGUGGAGCAUGGCAAUGGAAAGAGCCAGAACAGCUUGAGUGGAAAGAAGAUAAUACACUAGGUAAGAAUUAGAAGUAUCUUCAGAUAGCUUUUUCAACUGUCAAAGGUAAGCAGUAACAUCCAAGUUAGUUUAUUCCUCUUAAGCUGUCUCAUGUAUUUUUAUAUGUAUGUAUUUUUAUGUAAUUAAUUUGACCUUGUUAAUUCACUUAUUAAGCAAACAAUUGUUUCGUUUUAUGCCCUAAAGUUAAUGAAAUUUCUAUGGAGCAGACACCCUGCUGUCCUGACACCCAACAGCCUUCAACUGUGGCUCAGUCAGUCACCUUAGGAUGUGGGACAGCAGGAAUGAGAGUGUCAGUACCUUUGGCAGGAUCAGGAGGACCAGGGGCUGACAACAGGCUGGACUGGUCCACAGUUAUGCUCCGGGGCUCCGUAUACCAUCCCACUACACUGGGACUUCACAGAGCAAAGCCCCGUCCCCGUUCCUCCCCCGGAUCAGGUGACUUUGUGUGCUCAGUGUGCCACAAGAUAUUCCCUCUGCAGCGCAUGCUGACUCGACACCUGAAGUGCCACAGCUUGGUGAAGAGACAUCCUUGUCGAUUUUGUGGCAAAGGAUUCAACGAUACCUUCGACCUCAAGAGGCAUAUGCGAACACACACAGGUAUCCGUCCCUACAAGUGUGACCUAUGUGAGAAAGCCUUCACACAGCGCUGCUCUUUGGAGUCCCAUAUGAGGAAGAUUCACAGCGUUCACCAACAGUAUGCCUACCGCCAAAGACGCUCUAAGAUCUUUGUGUGUGAGGAUUGUGGUUACACCUCAAGCCGCCCUGAUGAGUACUUCCUCCAUGUGAGACAGUGCCACCCCGGCAGUCCUGCCCUCCGCAGGUACUACCGCCGCCAGGCCCAUGAGAACAGCAGCUUUGCUCCAGCAGGCAGAAAACUCAACCCCUAUUUGUUGUACUCAACCCCUGCAUACUACAUGUAGGGCUCUUUCCAAUUUUGAACUACAUCUGUUCCAUAAAAAAGAAAAGACCAUUUGUUAAUUUUAAUUAAUUUUUGAAUUUGUAUUCAACUGUGUUCCACUUUUUUUUUGUCUUCAUUCAUCAGUUUGUGUUGUUAACGAUAGCUUUAAAUGCAAAAUACUUUUCCUGCACUAUGUUUGCUGUUAUAAUUAAAAUGAAGGAUCAAAAAUAAU